UCUCCUUAUAUUUGUUGAGCCUGCACUAUCAUUCCUUUCAAUUUUCAAUUAUUGAACUUUGAAAUAUGUGGAAUUAUGAGAAAGAUUAUCGUGAGAGAAUCACUAAUUAUCUGGAAGAUCUAGUGAAAAAGGAUGGAUAUCACCUGGAAAAAUAUUCCGUUAUAACCAGGGAUGGUUAUAUCAAUGUUAUGUAUAGGAUACCCUAUGGAAAGUAUGAAGAACAAAAUAGCUCAUCCAGACCAUCAGUACUUCUCAAUCAUGGAUUGAUAUGCAGUUGUGCUAUAUUCAUUGAUCAGUGUGCACUCGCAUAUUAUCUGGCCGAUAACGGGUUCGAUGUUUGGUUACCAAAUAAUAGAGGAACAACUUUUUCCACCAAACAUGUGGAUUAUGAUGCUGAUGAGGAGAAAGAUAGAUAUUGGGAUUUUAGUUUUCACGAGAUUGCUAUCUAUGAUCUGACAGCUUUCAUAGAUUUCAUUCUAGAGCAAAAUGGCGAGAAACAAAUUUGCCACAUUGGAUUCUCGCAAGGUGUCACUACCUUUGCAAUAAUGACUUCGGAAAUUCCAGAGUACAACGAAAAGAUUAGUUUGAGCAUUUUUUUAGGUACUCCUCUUGUAUUUGACAAUGUUUCAAGCUUUCCUGUCAAGUUCAACGGUUAUUUACUGAAAGUGGUAAUAAUGAUUAUGGAGAUGCUUUCAAGGAAAAAAUUCAACGAAAUGCCCUUAGUUAAGGAAGUGAGGUUCUCAUUGUCAUAUGGAAAAAACAUUAUAUGUCGAAAAUUAAUCGAAUAUUUCAUGUCGUAUGUUGUUGGAUACGGAGAUCCCAACCAGAUAUCAGAUCUGGACUUCACAAGGUUUGGUCUCACAACACCAAAUUCAUCAUCCAAAAGGCAAUUCGAACAUUUUUCACAGUUACUCAUAAAUUCUAGGUUCGCCAAGUAUGACUUCGGAGCAGAGGAAAAUAUGAAGCAAUAUGGAAGCAAACUGCCACCUGAGUACGACUUAUCUAAAGUGACAGCUCCGAUUGCAAUAUUCUAUGGCAAGAAUGAUAUGUACAAUGACUAUAAGAAGGAUAAACUUGAAACACUACUUCUCAAUGUCGUUCAUAUGCAAGUGGUAGAUUAUGAAUUUUACAAUCAUAUUGAUUUCAUUUAUGCAAAGGAUAAUAUUGACCUACUCUAUAAAUAUGUUUUGAAACAGAUGAAAAAAUACUGCUUGUAUAAUGGCAAUGAAUCUGAAAUUAUAAAUGACUAGAAAAUAAUUGUUUUGUUUAUCUGUAACGACACUUUUUUCAAUUGUAAUUGAAGUAGUAUAUGCUGUAUUUAGGAAAGUGUAAAAUUUAUUUCAAAAAACAUUAAACAAAAUUAGGACUGGUAA